AUGCUGGGAAAAAGACAAGCAGAGAUCCCCACUCGCUUGCUUGACUUGCAUGGUCAAGGGUCUUCUAAAUGGUCACUGGUGGUCACCAGCGGAGAACAGACAUACCGAACCUAUGCAGCUCUAAGCCACCGAUGGACCAAACAUGUUCCGCAGCUGAAACGAGAGAACUUUGCCAAACUUCAAAGUGGCGAGCCGAACUCUACGCUUCCACAGGACUAUCAAGAUGUCAUGUUUCUCUGUCGAGCCUUGGGCAUACAGUACAUCUGGAUCGAUUCCCUAUGCAUUUUCCAAGACUCGCCCGAAGACUUCCGGAACGAGGCUGCAAUGAUGGCCGGCAUCUACAUGAACUCGCUUGUCACAUUUAGUAUUUGCUGGGGAGGUACAGCUAGUGGCUGCCUUCCCAAGAGAGACCCUGAAGUCAUUGUUCCUGUGGAGAUCCCGUCCAAGGAUAUCUAUAUGAAUGAUAUACGACUGAAGGGAAUCAGCGACACUUACGCAAGCUUACCAACUCCCAAGAGACGCAUGAGCUUUCGAGAAUCUGAGAUCAAUGAGCUCAUGCAUGGAAGUUAUGCCGAGAUUGUCCAUGACUUUUACAUAAAGCAUGGAGAUCCAGAGAAGGCCCUUUUGGUUGACUUGGAGGAGUGGGACAAGGCGGUUCUGGAGUCGCCUAUCAAUCGUCGGGGGUGGGUCUACCAGGAAAGAAUCCUCUCAUCAAGGAUCGUCUAUCUCGGAAACGAACAGCUAUACUGGGAAUGCGACCAAUCUCGUGCUUCCGAGGCCUUCCCAGAUGGUUUGCCGAGCCACAAUUUCGGCACAGGCGUUGUCCGCGCAAGGAUGCGCCCAGCCAAGAAGAUGCUUGCGGACUACUUUCAUCGCGAACUCUGGCCAGGCAUGAUAGAAAAGUACACGCACACUGACUUAACAUUCGAGUCAGAUCGGCUUGUGGCAUUCUCUGGUGUGGCCAAGCUCCUGUCCCAGCGAGGUCCCGGAGAUUAUGCUGCUGGGCUAUGGAAAGAGUUACUACUCCCAGGACUUCACUGGGACAAGCUUGACACAGCGUCUCCGAUAGCUAAUCCUCCAGCAGAGGGAAAGUGGAUGGCACCGUCUUGGUCCUGGGCCUCGGCGUUGGGCCCCGUCGAGUAUGACACACACGCCCGUUGGUGCCAUACCCGCUCCGAGGCUCAUGAUGAUUGGAACUUCAAGCCUGGUCGGCCUUUGGCCCAGGUCAGAAACGUUUCCAUGGUGCCGGUGGGAGAAGAUCUUUUUGGGUCUAUUAAAUCUGGCUUCAUCGACGUGGAGUGUCUCCUUAUUCCCGCCCACAUGUUUGGAGCAGGCACCAAAAGCGAUGAUAAGAACCAGGCCAUAUUAUCAACAUCCCCGGUCGUCGUAGACAAAGAUCCCGGCUGUCUAUAUCUUUCAUGCUACCUCACCAAGCUCUCUUUGGACCACGAACUUGGCACGCAACAGGACAUCGCCUCCUCCAUCUAUUUUGCUCCUCUUCUUCUUUUUGGGACUGCCAAGGGGAACAUGGUACAAGGAUUGAUCGUGCAGGAGAUUAUAGAAAACGGUGGGGAAGAGAAACAAGCCGCAUACUCGGUGAAGCGGCUCGGUACCUUCCGAGAUGAUCUUGAUGAUGGUGUUUUGUCGAAAUUCAUCGUCCAUACCAUUGCGGAGGGCGGCAUGCAGCAACGUGCCGAGCCUGAGGGUUCAUCACAGCCCAACAGUAACAAAUCUUUCCUAACAGAGCUGCAAACUUAUCUCAAACGUGCCCAGAAGCUUGUGACUUUUUCCGGUAUAACUCUUACUUCUCUUCAAGUUCCGGCUCUUAACCCCCUCAUCUCGCCUCCAGGGCUCACAAGAAUGCUCCUCUAUGAUGCUCUCGGUAUAAACACCUGCGCCGUGCGCCUCUUCAUUCUCGAACGCGGCCAUGUAUCCCUCGACGUCAAGCGGAUCGAUAUCAUGAGCAUGGAGAAUCGCAAGCCUGCUUAUGUGAAAAGUGUCCACUCUCGUGGCACGGUACCCGCGCUGCGCAUCUCAGACGACUUUGUUCUUACCGAAAUAACGGCGAUUGCCGAGUAUCUCGACGAGAUUGCCGACGGCGGCGAGUCGCUAUUUGGAACGACAGCUCUUGAACGAGCUGAGACACGCAUGUGGUUGCGACGAGCAGACUUGGAGAUUUGCGAGCCUGUCACCAGCUACUACCGGAACGACCCCGACACCGUCGACUUUUACCGUGGAAACCGGAUUCCUUGCCCCGAGGCAAGACUAUGGCAAAAGGUCAACAUCUGCCAAGCCCUGAACCGAUUUGAUGAUGAGCUGGAGGAUAAGAAGUGGCUUUGCGGCGAUCGAUUUUCUGCGGCAGAUAUUCACUUCUACGGACUUAUGAAGCCCAUGUGUACUCCGGUGCCCUUUCUGAACGAUUCUGGUAGGAAGAAUCUGGCUGCGUGGUGGGAGCGAAUGGACAACAGACCGGCAAGCGAGAAGUCGCUGGAAUGUUUCGCUAAGGGCCAGCGAGAUCUCAGCCAAUAG